AUGGCCACACAAUCAAACACACCCAUACCAACAUCCCCAAACCUCGCCACAGAAUCCACCCACCACUCACACACAGCAAUCAUCGGCGGAGCAAUAGGUGGCACACUCUUCCUCCUCCUCAUCCUCGCCGCAAUCUUCAUCCCCCUAUUCAGAAAACGCAGAUCUUGUUUCGACAUCGCGUUGCGUCGACACUCCAAAGCCAUAACCACCACGACAAGCAUCCGCAAAGACUCGAUGCAAGACGAAAAGAUUGUACGGCAUGAAGAUGCAGAAGCAGAGAUUGACAAGGGACAAAGAGAUGAGGAGGAGGAGGUUGAGUGCGGACGAAUGGAGGAAGACAAGGAAGAGGAAAUGCUGGGCUUGGAAGAUAUGUUGAGGAUUGAGUUUCCGAAUCCGACGAGGUAUGAAUUGGAUGCUGGAGGGUUUGUCGAAGGGCGGGCGAAUUGGGAGAUCAAGUUAUAG